AUGACGCUAGGUGUUCUCCAGCCGAGGACAGACGAACAUGUCCCCGGGACAGAAUACCUCGUGGACACCGAGCAAACGAGCGUCGAGCACCAAUACGAGCACUCGCAUUACAAGCAUGGAAAGGGUCAUGAGAACAACAUCAUCCUCGUUCCGCAGCCCUCCGAAGACCCGAAUGAUCCACUUCUAUGGCCAACUUGGAAGCGAGAAUCCGCAUUUGCGUUCCUGUUCUUCAACUGUAUCAUCUUUGCAGCUUGCCCGGGUCCGAUGAUCGCGCCAGCAACGAUUGCUCUAUCCAUUCAAUUGGAAGUACCAGUCAAGAGUGUCGCUGAGCUUUCGGGAUACCAACUGCUGAUUGUAGGAGCACUUGGACCGGUAGUCUCCGUCCUCGCGCAGAAAUACGGCAAACGACCGCAAUUCCUAUUCGCAAGCAUCUUCGGCGUCAUCGGCACUGGUAUUUGCAUAGCUGGCUUUGAUCGGUCGAGCCUUUCGGAAUCGUACGAUGUCCUCCUCGCUGGACGCAUGAUCCAAGGCCUCGGCACAACAGCGUACGAGUCCCUUUCAGUGGCUGCCAUUGGCGAUAUGUUCUUCCUGCACGAGCGCGGGCUCCGAACUGCUCUGCUUGUCCUCACCUUGGCAUGCCUAUCUUCAUUCGUGGCGAUUGUUGCUGGGACUACGUUCGAGCAUCUCGGAGCCAGGAACCUAUUCGUCAUUCUGCUUCCAAUCCAAAUCUUCGGCACAUUCGGGACUUUUUUCUUCCUCCCGGAGAGCCAGUUCAGGAGAGAACCGCCACCCGUACCAAUUACUUCCUCGGAAGCAGUCAAAGAGAAGGACGGCGGCCAUGCCGUGACCGAAGAGGCUACCUCGAACGACAGCAGCAAUGCCAUCCCGAAGCGUAGUUUCGUUCAAGAACUGCGUAUCUUUUCCGGAACUUAUUCUGAGGAUAACAUGUUCAAGCAGCUUGCGAGGAUUUUCAUUCAUCUUUUAAAUCCGGCAAUUCUAUGGAUCAUGCUUGUCAGCGCCGUUCUAGUAUCAUUCUUUGUAGGAACAGCGUAUACGCUCGCGCAAAUCUUCACCCCACCACCGUACAAUCUCUCCGUCUCCCAGAACGGCUUUUUCUUCACAGGCGCCCUCAUCGGAGGCAUAAUGGGCGUUUCGGCCGGACCGAUGUGCGACUAUACAGCGCGAGCGCUCGCAAGACGCAACAAGGGGACCUUCGAGGCGGAAUUCCGCAUCCCCGUCUGCAUAUUUGCUGUCAUCCUCUUCGCAGUGGGCUGGUUCACUUGGGGCUGGGCGCUCGACCAUCCGGCGCAUAACCGAGUGUAUCUCUGCUCAUUUUGUUAUGGUGCUAUAUGCUUUGGCACCAGCGUUGCGUCGACCUCGGCGGGCUUGUAUAUUCUCGACGCUUUCCGCAAGUACUCGACCGAGAUCUUCAUCCUGCAGAUGAUGAUCAAGAACUUCCUCUUCUACGCGUUCAGCACGUUUGUCAAUGAGUUCGCGGCCGAGGGCCCGGGGCAUAUGUGCAGGGUCUUUGGUAUUGUGACUAUUUGCGGGUUUACGACUUGCGUGCCUAUGUAUGUGCUGGGGAAGAAGAAUCGCGUGUGGGUGCAUAGGAUGUGGGAGAAGUAUCUGGGCGAGAAGUAA